CUCGAGCAUCAUGCAUAAGUUCGCGAAGCCCGGUGACAGAGAAAAGGCCUCCGAGAGGAAUGUGCCUUCUGAAAAGUCUAUUGAGCCCAAGCAAUUGUGUAAACGAGAAGUGAGUUCUCAGCGUUCUAGAGAGAAUGACACUAUGAUACCCAAAGGGAAAGUUGAUCAAAGUUGUGUCAUUCAUGUUGAUAGUGAAGAUGAUAUCCUCGGGCCAGAAACACCAGGAGCACAGCGUCUUGUUCCACGGUUAAAAAGGAUUCAAGAGGGUGGUCCAAAGUCUGAGGAUAAGUAUGGCGGAUCAUUGCUAGGUUCUAGCAAAAAAUUGAAACUCUUAGAGGAACCAACACCCUCUAAGAAUAAUCAUGGGCAAGUAUCUGACACUGCUAGCAAAUUUGAGUGGCUUGAUCCAUCUCGAAUCAGAGAUGCUAAUGGGAGGAAGCCUGAUAAUCCUCUUUUCGACAAUACAACACUUUAUAUACCUCCUGAUGCUUUGAAGAAAAUGUCAGCAUCACAAAAACAAUAUUGGAGUGUCAAAUGCCAAUAUAUGGAUGUCGUGCUUUUCUUUAAAGUGGGAAAAUUUUACGAGCUUUAUGAACUAGAUGCUGAAAUAGGUCAUAAGGAGCUUGAUUGGAAACUCACAUUCAGUGGGGUUGGAAAAUGCCGACAGGUUGGUGUCUCUGAAAGUGGGGUUGAUGACGCUGUUCAAAAGCUGGUUGCACGUGGGUAUAAAGUUGGCCGAAUCGAGCAAUUGGAAACAUCGGGUGAAUCAAAAGCCAGAGGUGCAAAUUCUGUUAUAUCAAGAAAACUAGUUCAGGUGGCCUCCCCUUCAACUGUAACCGAUGCUAAUAUAGGACCUGAUGCAGUUCAUCUCCUUGCAAUAAAAGAGGGUAUUGAGCUGGAUAAUGGAACAAAUGUUUAUGGGUUUGCUUUUGUUGAUUGCGCUGCCUUAAAAUUUUGGAUUGGUUCCAUUAAAGAUGACGUAUCCCAUGCUGGGUUGGGGGCUUUGUUGAUGCAAGUGUCACCUAAAGAAGUUUUAUAUGAAAGUAGAGGUCUGUCCAAGGAUGUUCAACAAACACUCAGAAAGUACUCUUUAACAGGGUCUUCAGCUGUACAGUUGACUCCACUGCAACCAAUUACUGAUUUCGCAGAUGCUUCUGAAGUGAGAAACUUAAUUCAGUUGAAGAAAUACUUCAAGGGGUCUUCUAGUUUGUGGAAUCAUGCACUUGACAAUGAGACCCACCAUGAUGUCACCUUAUCUGCUCUUGGUGGACUUGUUACUCAUCUAUCCAGAUUGAUGUUAGAUGAUGUUCUACGAAAUGGCGAUGUAUUACCUUACCAAGUCUAUAGUGGUUGCCUUAAAAUGGAUGGACAGACACUAGUAAAUCUUGAGAUCUUUAGUAACAAUGCUGAUGGUGGUCCAUCAGGUACAUUGUAUAAAUAUCUUGAUAACUGUGUGACAUCAUCUGGUAAACGGCUUUUGAGGAGGUGGAUCUGCCAUCCAUUAAAAGAUGCUGAGGAAAUUAAUUGUCGGCUUAAUGUUGUUGAAGAUCUACUUGCACAUUCAGAAAUCAUGUUACUUGUUUCUAAGUAUCUUCGCAAAGUUCCAGACAUAGAAAGGUUGCUUGGACGGAUUAGGGCUAGUGUUCAGUCAUCAGUUGCUCUGUCACUGCCAGUGGUUGGGAAAAAAGUGCUGAAGCAGAGAGUUAAAGUAUUUGGAACACUAGUGAAAGGUCUCCGUGCUGGCUUUGACUUGUUGCAUCUUGUAGAGAAGGAAAAACGUACAUUUGCUCUUUUGUCAAAACUUUUUAAGCUUCCAGUGCUGAGUGGAAAUGAUGGGCUUGGUCAGUUUCUUACCCAAUUUGAAGCAGCAAUAGACAGCGACUUUCCAAACUAUCAGAAUCAUGAUGUAACAGAACACGAUUCAGAGUUGCUCUCGAUUCUGAUUGAACUAUUUGUUGAGAAAGUGACUGACUGGUCUGAAGUUAUUCAUGCCAUCAACUGCCUUGAUGUGCUCAGAUCCUUUGCAGUUACAGCUAGUUCUUCGAGUGGGUCUAUGUCAAGACCUGUCAUUGUGCCUCGACUGAAAAAUCUGACUUCUAGUGAGAAGACCAGAGGUCCUGUUCUUAAAAUCAAAGGGCUGUGGCAUCCAUAUGCCUUUGGAGAUAAUGGACGAGUGCCUGUCCCAAAUGAUGUGGUUCUUGGUGAGGGUACAGAUGAUUAUCAUCCACAUACUAUGCUUUUGACUGGACCUAACAUGGGUGGUAAAUCAACACUUCUGCGUUCCACCUGUCUAACUGUAAUACUGGCUCAGCUGGGCUGUUACGUGCCUUCUGAAACGUGUGUUCUCUCACUUGUGGAUAUUAUAUUCACACGACUUGGCGCAACGGAUCGAAUCAUGGCAGGCGAGAGUACCUUCUUCGUUGAGUGCACAGAAACAGCAUCAGUUCUUCACAAUGCCACUCAAGAUUCUUUGGUGAUUCUUGAUGAAUUGGGUCGAGGAACAAGCACGUUUGAUGGAUAUGCCAUAGCAUAUGCUGUAUUUCGCCAUCUUAUCGAAAAAGUCAACUGCCGCUUACUCUUUGCAACUCACUACCACCCACUCACGAAGGAAUUCGCUUCUCAUCCGCAUGUCACCCUCCAACACAUGGCCUGCAGUUUUAAGCCAAAUUCAGAAUGUUUUUCCAAAAACGAGGAACUUGUUUUUCUGUACCGCCUCGCCUCGGGGCCAUGCCCGGAAAGCUAUGGAUUGCAAGUGGCAACCAUGGCCGGAAUUCCAGAGCAGGUGGUCAAAGCAGCUUCCAAGGCUAGCCAAGUAAUGAAAAGGUCAAUUGGAGAUAGUUUUAGGUCUAGUGAAGUGAGGUCAGAAUUCUCCAGUCUCCAUGAGCAGUUGUUGAAAAGUCUGAUAGCUCUCUCACGGAUUGAAGAUCGUAGUGCUGAUGAAGAAGAUGAUGUUUUCGACUCAUUGCUUUGCUUAUGGUAUGAGAUAAAGAGGUCUUAUAGAUCAGGCAACUAAAGACAAAGGCACUUGUUUUGCUUUUUUGAUUAAUGUAAAAUAUAAAUUUUCGAGCUUUCAUG